AUGGCGCUGCCCAUGGUCCGGCGUGCGGUGGUGUUCCGGGUGCGGGGAGGACACCGGGCUGUGAGCAGUGAGAGCCCCACCGGGCCCCAGGGUGCCGCCUCCCCCCGCGUCUUCUCUGGGAUACAACCCACCGGGAUCCCUCACCUGGGCAAUUACCUGGGCGCACUCCGGAGCUGGGUGAAGCUGCAGGAGGAGUUCAGCUCGGUACUGUACAGCAUUGUGGACCUGCACUCCAUCACCGUCCCCCAGGACCCGCGCAGCCUGCGGGAGAGCGUCCUGGACAUGACUGCCUGCCUGCUGGCCUGCGGGAUAGACCCGGAGAAGAGCGCCCUCUUCCAGCAGUCUCAGGUGCCGGAGCACGCGGAGCUCGGUUGGGUUCUCGGCUGUAUGACGUCCAUGCCGCGGAUCCGCCAUUUGCCCCAGUGGAAGAUAAAAAGUCAGAGUCAGAAGAACGAAGGCAGCGUGGGAUUGUUCACGUAUCCCGUUCUGCAGGCGGCCGACAUCCUUCUGUACAAAUCCACCCACGUCCCCGUCGGAGACGACCAAUUGCAGCACCUGGAGCUGACGCAGGACACGGCGCGGAUCUUCAACCACCGAUACGGAACGUUCUUCCCCGUCCCCGCCACUCUGACCAGUAAGUGCCACCCACUCCAUAACUACCCCACCCCCACCCCUACCCUACCCCCACCCCUACCCUUCCCCGUCCCCGCCACUCUGACCAGUAAAGACCCCUCGGCCAAGAUGUCCAAAUCAGACCCCCAGAACCUGGCGACCGUGCGCCUGACGGACUCGCCGGACGAAAUCGCGCUCAAGUUCCGCAAGGCGGUCACGGACUUCACCUCCGAGGUGACCUACGACCCAGAGGGCCGCCCGGGAGUCUCCAACCUAGUGGCCAUUCACAGCGCCGUGACGGGGCUGACCCCAGAGGACAUCGUGGUCCAGAACCGCGGGCUGGAGACGGCGCGGUACAAGAUGGUGGCGGCGGAGGCGGUUAUCGAGAAACUGACGCCAAUUCGGGAAGAGAUCCAGAGACUCAGGGCUGAUAGGGGGUUCUUGAGGGAGGUGUUAAAUCGAGGGGCGGAGGGGGCGAGGGAGGUGGCCACUCCCGUGUAUGACGCGGUCUGCAGGUUGGUGGGCUUCAGGUGA